AUGUUUAACCAUUGCGAGUUCGAAGACGACGAAGAGGUGUUUGAGGAAAAUCGGUUGCUAGGCGAAGGUAUGGUGGGCCUUGUCGAAGAAGUGACCGUCCGGUCCCGCGAGCCACCCAUUGUGUGUGUACGGAAGAAGAUCGCGAGGCCUAAACAGCUUAAAGCGCACCAACAGAUCAUGGCUGCUUUCAUCCGAGAAGUCAGAGUCAUGCGCCAAGUCAAUCAUCGCCAUUGUGUUCGCUUUCUUGGGAGUUAUACCGACAAUGAGUCCGUCAAUAUUCUCUCAACACCUGUGGCCGAUAUGGAUCUUGCUGCCUUCCUUGAUAACCAUAUCGGAGACCGGGAAUGGGCCAUACUCUACAAGGGCAUUGACUGUCUUUGCAACGGGCUAUUGUAUCUCCAUGACAACAAGAUACGACACGAAGAUUUGAAGCCGCAGAAUGUUCUCGUUCAUGGCACCAACAUAUUGCUUACCGAUUUUGGGUUCAGCUUGGACUUCUCCGAUGACUCUGUUUCGACAACCACUGGACGGCCAUCUGCAUGGACUAUUCGGUAUUCCGCGCCAGAAGUUUUGGAUUCUGAGCCUCGCAACCGAGCUAGCGACAUAUUCUCUCUUGGAUGUGUUCUGGUCGAGAUGAUUUCGGGACUUUACGGACGCACUCUCUCCGAAGUCAAGGACUAUUGGAAGAAAUCUAGUAACGGACAAUCCAGUUUUGCACGCAACCCAGAGGCAACAUCAUCAUGGCUCGCACUACUGUCAGAUCAUCCUGAUAGCGGCAGGCUCAAACCCAUUGUCGAUUACCUGCCAGAACUUCUGGCCACAAGACGCCUUGAUCGACCGUCGGCUCAAACAGUCGUCGAUAGACUGUACAGAGAAAUGACCUACGUCAUACUUGACCAGCGUCUCAACCAAGUCGCUACCAAGCACAACUGUUACUCCUCAAUCUGGGAUGUUCUCCGCCCCAGCAGUAUUACUUCAAUCAAGGCUGCAUGCGACAUGCUCUUCCUCCAAUCUAAGAAGACAAAGCCGAUACUAGAUCUCCCAAGUAGCCAGACUGUUUUAUCGACAGAGCUCGACCUAAAACAUGUGCUGACGCAGGUACUGGAAGCAUAUACCUUGUGGAAGGCUAUAUUCACCGCGCGAAGUGUACAAAUUCCGACACCCGAGACGCAAUGGCUACCGAGAGGCUUACUCCCUUUCCAACUAGAAGAACUUACAACUGUAACGCAUACGCGCACAAUACAGAUUUCAAUGGUUGGCCACGGCCAUUGCCCAAAAGACGAUCGCUACUUUGGGUCCAUUUUCUACAUUUUGACAUUCAAGGUCUCGGUAGAAGGAUACGAGCCUUCGAAACUGGGUGCGCCUUUCGUGGACCUAAGUAUGGCAAUAUAG